UACAAUUCAUAAUCUCCAUCUUUCUCUGUUCAUUUGUUUCUUCUACUACUUCCUUCUUCAUUCAUCAUCAUGACACUUGCUGGUAAAAUCACCUCUGAAAUUGGGGUUCAUGCAACUGCUGCAAAGUGGUUCAACCUCUUUUCAACGCAACUCCACCAUGUUCAAAACCUUAGUGAUAGAGUCCAUGGAACCAAGCUGCAUCGUGGUGAAGACUGGCACCACACCGACUCCAUCAAACACUGGACUUAUACCAUAGAGGGUAAGGUGACAACAUGUCUGGAGAGUAUUGAAUGUGUUGAUGAAGCAAACAAAAGAAUCACGUACAAGCUUUUCGAUGGAGAUCUUGAUCCCCAGUUCAAGCUCUUCAAGUUCGUAUUUCAAACAAUUCAUAAGAACAGUGGUGGUGCUAUUAUCAUAUGGACCGUUGAAUAUGAGAGGGUUAGUGAGGAAGUUGAUCCUCCUUAUGGCUACGUCGAAUACCUGCACACAUUCACUAGACACAUUGAUGCUCAUCUUCGCAUCGCAUAGCUCCAAAAAGUUAAGCACAAAAUUAAAAUAAUAAUAAGAAGAAGAAGAAACAAUGGCCUUAGCCUUGUUAAGUGCUUAUAUGUAUAACAAUAUAUAUCUGUGUGGAGUUUGACAAAGGAUGGUUAUGUAGACCCUUCCUUUGUGUGGAAUAAACUUGGAUAUGCAUGUGGGUCAUGUGAACCUGAUUAUUGUAUGUUCAAGUGUUCAAUAUAAUCCAUAUUUAUUAUUCGUGCAAAAA